GCCAGUUUCAAAGUUGGUAAGAUUCCCUUUGUCGUCCCUUCACACUCUGGAGAUCUGCGCGAUCUACAACUCCUGGAUAAGCUUGCAGGCUCUGGUUUUCUACGUGCCAACCUUAGACUCUUCAGACCAGAUGUCUUCCCCUGCUCUGAAAUCUGGAAAAAUAAGUGCUUACAAAGCAGUUAAAGUAGACCCUGAGAGUGACUAUUGUACUCCUGGAGCAUUUGAUUUGGAAAGGCUCUUCUGGAAAGGUAGCCCCAAAUACACGCAUGUUAAUGAAGUCUGGCCCAACCUCUACAUAGGAGAUGAAAAAACUGCACUUGACCGGUACAGCCUUGAGAAAGCUGGCUUCACCCACGUCCUCAAUGCAGCCCAUGGACGAUGGAAUGUGGAUACGGGGCCCAACUACUACAAUGACAUGGCCAUCGAGUACUAUGGAGUGGAGGCAGAUGACCUCCCCACCUUCAAUCUGAGCCAGUUCUUCUACUCUGCUGCAGAGUUCAUUGAUAAAGCCCUCCAGAAUGAGACCAACAAGAUCCUGGUCCACUGUGCCAUGGGGCGCAGCCGCUCAGCAGCCUUGGUCUUGGCCUACCUGAUGAUUUACAAGCACAUGACAGUGGUUGAUGCUAUAGAUCAGGUGCUCAAGCACAGAUGCAUCCUCCCCAACCGUGGGUUCCUGAAGCAGCUCAGAGAACUGGACAUAAAGCUGGCCUUGGAAAGAAAAAAUGGCACCAACAGGAUUAACCCCAGCAGAGAGAAGGGGGCCAGCACGAAGAUUUAACAUUCCCUGUUUCUUGGAAAAUAAGUAGCUACAAAAUAAUCAAGGAGUA